AUGUUUUGGUCAGGCGAAUGCAGUGUUUGGACAAUACCGAGUUGUGAACGCGAUCGUAAGUACACCGGUCAUACAAGUCAAGCGGGUUGCGCUCGGUUCCAUCCCGGCGCAUACAUAUCGCAAGAUUCAUUCGCGGUGAACGCGGCCAGUUGUGCACAUGACGGCACCAUCAAGUUGUGGAGUUUAGAGGCAAGUGAGCCACUCUGCGAACUUGAUCCACUCCCGCAACGUGUGGCACGAAUCGCGUUUCAUCCAUCCGGAAGAUUUUUAGCAGCGUGUUGUUUCGAUUGUUCAUGGCGACUCACUGAUUUGGAAUACGAACAAGAGAUUCUUAUCCAAGAAGGACAUAGUCGUCCAGUGUUCCAUGCUGAUUUUCAAGGAGAUGGCUCACUUUUGUUGACAUUAGGUAUGGAUUGUUAUGGUCGAGUGUGGGAUUUACGUACUGGUCGAUGUGUGAUGUUUUUGGAAGGACAUUCCAAGGAAAUUCAUUGUGGACAGUGGCUUCCCAAUGGCUAUCAGAUGGUAACUGGAUCAGCGGAUAACAGUUGUAUGGUAUGGGAUUUGCGUAUACGUCGUGCUCUGAAACCGAUCGCAGCACACAACUCGCUUGUGUCCGGUUUGAAGGUGGAUUCGAAGGGAUUGUAUAUGAUCACAUCGUCGUUCGAUAAUUCGUUAAAGGUAAUAAGCAGUGUCGCAUUUUAA